AUGGAGGUGUACAUCGAAAAAGACGAACUGCAAGGCUCGGAUACACAUGCUGGGGUCGAGUGUAGUGGCGGGGCUUUGCUUAAAGCUGCUUACAUACCGACGGGCAGAGGUAAACACAUGUUAGUAUUGAAUGGUUUUUCUUUCACCGAGACUAUGCCCACAUACUGGGUGUGCUCGCGUAAGAAGAAAAUGAACUGCGUCGCGACCGCGCGCACCAACCGCCGCCGCGAAGUGGUCUCCACCGCCCAUCAACAUAACCAUCCACGGCCGCGCUUCUAUCAUAAGACAGCCCAAAGGAUGAUUGAGCUUUGA